ACUGCUGUCGUUAUUGUUAUCCCAAUCCUUUGCGAGAACUUUCAGAGAAAGAGAAGCACUUUAUGUUAUUGCGUUUCCACGACAAAGAAAACCAUGGCUGUUAAAGAGAAGCAAGUCGAUUCUUCCGAGGAGAUCGAGUGGAAUGUCGAUAAUGAAAUCCAGUUAUUCUUUGCUAUGAACGGCCAUAAGCCCGUUGGUGUCAAUAAGUACUUUCAUAUGGUAUGCAUUUGGGAGAAAUUUCGUGCUGCAAUUCACAAAGAUGUGUCCUUGAAAGCUAUUUGGGACCACCUUCAUUCCAUGUAUGAUUUAGCAGCUCUGGAUGAUAUGGAAGAUGUGCCUUUCCCUCCUGAUGAAACAGAUUUUAUUUUACCCGAAAGUGAAUUCACAGAACUAAUGAAGACUCGUAAGAAAGAGGAAACAGAAAGUAAGAUGAAGGAACCAAAGGACAAAGUUAAAGAAAUCAAAAAAGAAAAGGAGGUCAAGGAGCCAGUUAAGAAGGAAAUCAUACUUCGUGAUACUAAGAUUGUCAAAGAAGCUGAGAAAAAAAAAGAAGAUAUCAAGAAAGUAACUAAGGAACCUGAAGUGAAGAAAGAAAGCAAGCUACGUGAAACUAAAGAAGUCAAGAAAGAACAGAAAGCCACUAAAGGUCGUCUUAAAGGAAAGGAAGAACCAGAAGAUACUGGACCACCAACAAAGAAAGAACGUAAAGAUUCAGAGUCAAGCCGAGAGAGUUUGAAACGAGCACCAAAGAGACCUACAAGACAAAGUGUUGACAAUUCAUCAAAAGCAUCAUCUAGCCCGAGAGAUACUCCUCCUCCAAAACGUAGAAGAACCUAACCAACCUUUUUUUAUAUAAACUAAAUUUAUAUAAUUCAUUGAUUUCGGUUCCUAUAGUUCCCGAAAAUUGUCUUAUAAGAGUUAUUGCGCUGUUAUUACUGUGAAUAUUAUCAUACAUACCUUCACCCUACAAAUGUAAGUGACAUUGUAAAUAAACUAUCAUAGUUUUUCUAAUCAAAAAA